UUUUUUUAAUAGAUCUUUAAAUAUAAUAGAUCUCCUCCUAUGUCCCCAGUUACAUCAGAUCUGUACUCGUCGGUGGAAGGACGUGAUGAGUGGGAGCGUAUUGUGGGCGGUACGAAGGCCCCUAACGGUUCUGUGCCAUACCAGGUGUCUCUGAGAUACUGGGGCGUAUGGCACUUCUGCGGAGCGUCACUGGUGACACCCAGGGUCAUUCUGACAGCUGCACACUGCGUUGAUGGAGCUCGGCCAGAAUACUUCAAGGCAGUAGUCGGUACGAACCAGCUCAGGGCAGGCGGCACAUCCUACGCCAUCCGCAAGAUCGUACGUCAUCAGGACUACGACGAUGACAUCAUCAAGAACGAUAUUGCCAUCCUUUUCACUGAGAAGGAGAUAGCUUUCAGCAGCACUGUUGAUGCUAUAGAACUUAACGAUGAGCCGGUGAUGAAAGGGGAGGAUUUAUUUCUGACUGGUUGGGGUACUACUUCGGCAAACGAGGAGGCAGCCCCCCUGAUGGUAAGUGGUCACUGCCACCCAUGGACACUUAGUGUCGCCGCACACGGGCCACCGACCCCAACCACAAAACGCCACGGGCAUAUUUCUUGCAGGCAGGCCUUGCCUAUUAAGCAUGAAAAAAAAACCCUUGCAGCACCAAGGGUACCUCACUCAUGCGUUGCCUUAUCUGACUCCCUCCUCUACCCCGUGGAAUAUAUCUGUGCAUGGAACCUUUCUCACCGACAGAAACACAACAAGGGUUGCCACAAUAAAAAUUGUCCAAAUAAAGUACAUUGGAUAUUAAAGGGCUGCCUAAAAUAUGGUAACCAGGAUAAGACGCGUGAUAACACCGGAUUUUGGAGCCCAGAACCCGGACAGACCAAUAAAAAAAUAGUUAAAAAUGUCACAAAUCAACUUUUUUAUCUUGAUCUAGGCAAAAGAGUUAGCGGUCUACCUCAUAAUAAGUGGUCUCUGCUGCCCAUGGACACUUGCAGCAACAAGGGCCACUCAUGCGUUGCCUACCCCGGGCGGCUGCCCAACGACCUCAUGCAGCUGGAGUUAAAGGCCAUCACCUACGACGAAUGCAAGGAGGCCCACAGCAGUAUCAAUGCGGUCUUCGAGUCACAGAUUUGUGCGCUGACUAAGGCUGGUGAAGGAGCUUGCCAUGGUGAUUCCGGUGGUCCGCUGGUGAGGGAGGGUCGCCAGGUCGGGGUGGUGUCGUGGGGAGUUCCCUGCGCCAAGGGGAAACCGGACGUUUACACAAAGAUGGGUAUAAACAGAGCCGAAUUUAGAAAAGAGAUCCCUAUUUUAAAUUUGCCACGUGAGGCCACGAUUUGCACUUGCCACCUCUCCCCGGUUGGUAAACCAUCGAAAUAA